AUGGACGAGGGGCCGUCUUCGUCGUCGAAUGGCUCCGCGAGCAAAUGCAUCGUGCCCGAAGAGGAAGCGGAACGCGUGGGCGGGCCCCAAUUGCGUUUGAAUGUCGAUCCUGAUUUUGUGGACGAACUGGACCAAGAAGACGGUCCAGCUGAAGGUAAAAGUUGCUGAAAUUACUGCUCUAAAGUGUUCUCAAACGUUUUUUCACACCAACAACAGUUGUCUCGCAAAAAGGCUCGCAACACAUUCUUUGGAAUUUAGGCAUCAUUCACGUCUUCAGUUGCUUCCGGUUGUUAUCAGAUUUUAGUAGUGGCAAGGUAAAGCCUGAUCCAUUUUCAAUCGUAUCGAUUCUGUUGGUAAAUGCGUUCAUUGCGCAGUGAAAGGGUUUGGAAUUGUGAUUUGACAAUUGCGGGUUCGGAUCCCACUGCGCGAAACUGUUUUGUUGUUGCAAGAACCGGUCUCGUCUGUCUACAGUGCAUCCGAUUGAAUCUGGAUGUCAGCAUGCCAACCGGGCAGGUUGAUCACUACUAAAACCAGUUAAGGAAACCGCUGUGGGAACCCUCUCGUUGCGAGCCGAGUAGUUGUUAACUUUUUUCAAAAUUUUUCUUUUUUCAGUAGGCGCCGACGCGGUUUUCGUGGAAAAUGCGGAGCAAAUUGGCGGCGUGGCUCCAGAACAUCAAGAAAAUGCUGCGGAAGGAGGGGGCGGAGUCAAAAUGUCAAUAGGAAAUGAGGAAGACGAAGAGGAGACGGAGGAGGAUAGAAAACGGAGAUUCGCGGAAGGAAUACGGAGAAUCGGACAAAAUGUGAGUAAGAAAUUUAGUUGGCUUCAGCAGUGUGCUGAAAAUGCUCGGAUUUACGAACCGAACAGUUUGCGAUCAAGAAAGCUGAAAAUUUCGAAAAUUAAAACAACAAAAAAAAAUUAUUUUUUUGCAGAAACAACAAGAAAGUUUCGACUUGGACGAGGCGAAGACGGUCAACUUGCGCCAAUUCAUAAACGGUCAAAUGUUCACGGAGGACAAUGUAAGCCGCUUUUCGGCCCCCGGAACUAAGCUCCGUCCUCUUUUUGAAAAACUUGCAGCAAAUCGACUUCGAUCCGGUGAUAAAACGGAAAGACGUGAAAGUGGUCGAAGGAUACAUUUGGGGCGCACAAAUCGGAAUGGGAUCCUACGGAAAAGUGAAAGAGUGCAUCGACGCGAGCACGCUCACGAGAAGAGCCGUCAAAAUUAUGAAGGUGCGGGCAUUUUUGGUUUGGAUUUUGUGUCGUGCACUAAAAAAGUAACAUGUUUUUGAAAUGAAGAUCAAAGAGGGGGAUUCAUGUUCUCAAAGUCCCAAAUUCUGAAAAAAAUACUUGCUUACUUACUUGGAUACUUACUGCAGACAAGGUCAGUCCAGUUUGGACGAUCUCGCGCGUAGCAGGACCUCGUGAUUUUCGUGAACUUUUCGAACUUUUUCCAAAUUUGGCGGCUGAGGGACUAGAAAACUUCACCCGCCGUGCACUACUAGUAGCCUCCUUAACUUUUUUGCAAAAUUUGGGACUUUGGGAACAUGAUUCCCCCACUUUGAACUUCUCUCUAAAAAUAUGUUACUUUUUAGUGUUUUCACGGAAAUUGCAUCAAAUUUUCCAGUACGAAAAGUUGCGGCGAAUUACGCACGGAUGGGACAAUAUUCGAACGGAAAUGGCGAUUCUCCGACGGCUAAGCCAUAAAAAUGUGAUCAAAAUGAUCGAGGUGAGCGGUGAGAAAAGCGAGGGUGUUGGAAAUAGAUUGAAAUUGUGGACAAGCGGACAUUUCUCAUCAUUUUAUUGCAUUUUUUCACACAUCGCUGAGGAAAUGAAACAGAAAUUCAAGGAGAAAACUGCAGGUGUUCAACAUUCCGUCGCGCGGAAAAGUGUACAUGAUCUUCGAGUACUGCAUCGGAUCCGUGCAGCAAUUGCUCGAUUUGGAGCCGGAAAAGCGGUUUCCGGUGGGCGAAGCGCACGCGAUCUUCGUCGAACUCUGCCGCGGACUACAGUAUCUGCACUCGAAGCGCAUCGCGCACAAGGACAUCAAACCCGGCAACCUGCUCGUUUCCAUCGAGUUCACCAUCAAAAUUUGCGAUUUCGGCGUCGCCGAACAAAUUGACACUUAUCAGGUUUGGUUUUGAAAAAAAUCUGACUUAUUUUGAAGUUUUUCAUACUUGAAAACGGGCCGAUUUCGGGCCGGCUGAUAACUCGCUUUAAAAUCAAGGUUGUGAGUAGAUCUUGAUAAGUUCUUCCCGAAAUCAGCCCGUUUGCAAGUAUGAUGCUCAUUGAUUUUUCAAUUUGUUUGGAGCAAAUCAUGUUUACUCUGGAUUGAGACGGUCAAAAAUGACCGUAAUAUUGAAGAAGCUGACAACCGGAAACAUUUUUCCAACAAAAAAGGAUGUUUUCAGAGCGACGGAAAAUGUACAAAAGUGAACGGAACACCGAAAUUCCAGCCGCCAGAGUGUGUCUACGGAAAUCAUGAUUCGUUCGAGUACGGCCUUUUUUUUAGAACAUUGUUUCAUGUUUACACUGCAAAAUAACGAGAAAAACAUUUGAAACUUUACUUGCAGUGGCUACAAAGCGGACACGUGGGCGGCGGGCAUCACACUCUACAAUCUGGUGUCGGGCGAGUAUCCGUACGACGGAACGGUCCUUUUGAAAUUGUACGAAGCGAUCGGAACGGUCCCCGUCGAACUGCCCAAAAAUGUGAAAUUGUCCAGUGACCUUAGAGAGUUAGUUAGUCCAUCUUAGUAUUCUUAAAAUUAAAAAUAUUGCAGUCUUCUCAAAAAACUGCUCGAAAAAGAGUAUCCGAAACGACUGACUGUCGAGGAAACGAUGACGCAUCCGUGGUUUUUGUCCGCUUUUCCGGAGGUUUGUGGAAAAAAUACCUUGGACUUUUGACCCACUUGCACUAAUUCGAAAGGACCCAAACUUUGCAGACUUCUUGGAUCCAAGUUUCAGACCGAUCCGAUCAUCCAGUCCCGAGAUACGUAGACUAGAGGCGGAAAGGCAAAGUUUACGCAUAUCUCGGAACCAGAUCGGUCUGAAACUUAUGCCCAAGAUAUUUCAAUCCAAAACCAAGAAGCCUGCAAAGUUUGGGUCCGAUCAUUUGCCCAGUUCCAGCAAAAAUUUGUUGAAAUCCCGUGUUGCAGGACCAAGGAAUGGGCCGAAUAAUGGAGAGAAUGCGUACCGGAGACCGGCCGCUGACGAUGCUGCCGGGCUUUGCGUACUUGUACGACAAUGUCGGCGACGAGGUGGAAGUCGACGACGACGGAAACGAGAUGUACAUUCCGCCGCUGCUCGUGCAAGGAGGUGAGAUUGCAGAUUUGUUUUUAAGAGUUGGCGGCGCGAUAAAUCGCCAACCCUCGUUUAGCGUUUAGCGCGUUUUUCAUUUUUUCCCUCAGAAACGAACAUUUUUGCAGGGCCAGUUGACAAAGAGACGUUUCCGGGCCUGAAAUGGAUCGGGAAAGAGAAGGAGGAGUGCCCGUUGGCCCAGUCCGCGUCCCGUCCGUCUUCUCGCUCGGCGCCGACCGCUCCGCCGCCCACGCAGCCAGAAUUCCCGGCCGCACACAUCGAUCGGGGUUCGCGGACGAGCUCGCGGAGCCGCAACGGCCUAAACUCGCCGGCCCGAGGCCCGGAAGAAGGCCCCGCGGCACCGUUGGCUCGGCGAGCAUCCCCGAUCCCGCCGCAAAGACAUCGGAAUCGACGGAGGACUCUAUUUUCUUGUAUUUUCCGCACUCGCACUAAUAGCUGA